UCUGUCAGGGACAACAUCCGCAGCAUCUCUCUGGGUACAAACAGUAACGACGUGGCGAUCCCUCUGAGCGGCGUCAAAGAGGCGUCCGCUCUCGACUUCGACGUGUCAGAGAGGAGGAUUUAUUGGACGGACAUUCAGGCCAAGACGAUCAGCCGGGCGUACAUGAACGGCAGCUCUGUGGAGCACGUCAUAGAGUUUGGACUCGACUACCCAGAAGGCAUGGCGGUCGACUGGAUGGGUCGCAACAUCUACUGGGCCGACACGGGCACGAACCGCAUCGAGGUGGCCCGGCUGGACGGUCAGCAUCGACAGGUUCUGGUCUGCAAGGACCUGGAUAACCCUCGCUCGCUGGACAACCCUCGCUCCCUGGCUCUGGACCCCGCCAACGGAUUCAUGUACUGGACCGAGUGGGGUCGGCCUCGCAUCGCCCGGGCCUACAUGGACGGCAGCACCACAAACACCCUGGUGGACAAAGUGGGCCGGGCCAACGGACUGACCAUCGACUACGUAGACCACCGACUGUACUGGACCGACCUGGACACGUGCAUGAUCGAGAGCACCAACAUGCAAGGCCUGCAGAGGGAGAUCAUCGUGGACGACCUGCCUCACCCCUUCGGUCUCACUCAGUACCGAGACUUCAUCUACUGGACCGACUUCAACCUGCGCAGCAUCGAGCGUGCGGACAAGCGCAGCGGACUCAACCGCACUGUGGUGCUGCAGGGCCAGCUGGAGCUCAUGCUCGACAUUCUCGUGUUCCACUCGUCCCGUCAGGAGGGAACCAACGAGUGUUCCCAUAGCAACGGAAACUGCGCCCACCUGUGCCUGGCCACGCCCGCUGGCGCUCAGUGCCGCUGCGCCUCCCACUACACUCUGAACUCGGACGGACGAAACUGCAGCUCUCCCUCCAGCUUCCUGCUCUUCAGCCAGAAGGCGAGUAUCAGCCGGAUGGUUCUGGGCGAGCAGAGUCCUGACAUCAUCCUGCCCAUCCACGUCCUGAGGAACGUCCGCGCCGUCAACUACGACCCGCUGGACCGGCUGGUGUACUGGCUGGACGGCCGGCAGAACAUCCGCCGGGCGAGAGACGACGGCGCCAUGUCCUCCAUGAUCGUCAGCAGCAGCGUUCAGGACAACCAGCUCCACGACCUCAGCCUGGACCCCUACAGCCGCCAUCUUUACUGGACCUGUGAGACCACCAACACCAUCAACGUGCAGCGCAUGGACGGACACACAGUGGGCGUGGUCCUGAAGGACGACACGGACAAACCGCGAGCCAUCGUGGUCAACGCCGAGAAAGGGUACUUGUACUUCACCACGGUUCAGGAGCGCUCGGCUAAGAUCGAGGGAGCGAGUCUGGACGGGACGGAGAGAGAGUCUCUGUUCACCACGGGACUCAUCCGACCCGUCGCCCUCGCUCUCGACAACAAACUGGGGAAACUGUUCUGGGUGGACGGAGACCUCAAACGCAUCGAGAGCAGCGACCUGACAGGAGCCAAUCGCAUCGUCCUCCAGGACUCCAACAUCCUGCAGCCGAUGGGUCUGACCAUCCUGGGAGAUCACCUGUACUGGAUCGACCGGCAGCAGCAGAUGAUCGAGAGGGUGGACAAACUGACUGGGGACGGACGCACGCGCAUCCAGGGACGGAUCUCAUACCUGACCUCCGUCCAGGCUGUGGACGAGAUGGAUCCUCAGGAGUUCGCAUCACAUCCUUGUUCCCGUGACAACGGCGGCUGCUCUCACAUCUGCAUCGCCAAAGGAGACGGCACGCCUCGAUGCAGCUGUCCCAUGCACCUGGUGUUACUGCAGGACCUGCUGCACUGUGGAGGUAAACAAACAAACAAACAAACAUCAGGAUGGUGGUGCAGUCACAUUCAGCUUCACCUGUAAACCCACACAGAGGUUCAAACCUCCUCAGGUGGUUUGAGACGAGGGCUGUGGAGGACAGUCUAACGCUCUGUGUCAGCACUCAGACGUACCAGAUGGUUCUCUCAGAAAGGUUUUCAAGUUACCCUAAAAUCCAGAAUCGAAGUCUCUCCCGUAUAUAAGACGCAGUCUGUUCCAUCUGUGGAUCAUCGGGUCAGGUAGUGUGCAGCUGUGUAGCUCUUGUAGUACCAUCUGUUUCCACCAGGUGGAGUUUGUAAUCCUGCAGGCUACCUGUAGACCCACAGCCUGUGAGGGGUGCAGCGUGAUGGUGAGGGUCUCAGUAUUUUAUACCGCUAUAUAGGACGCAGCCAACAUCCAAGGGGAACAUUUAGUAUCAAAAGUAUGAAGUCUUAUACACCGGAUUUGAUGGUAAACGUUCACCUUCACUCUCCUCACUCCUUCAUCUUCUGAAGCAGUUAAACUCAUGUUCAUCUUUAUUUAUGGUAUUAAAGUUAAAGUGGACAUUCAUCAACUAUGCUGCUGAAGAUGCUCUUUCAAAUUGAAGGAAAGGGAUUAAAUCCCCUGUAAGAUCAGAGUUCAGACAACACUGACCGGUGAAAGGUUACACAGGCCGCAAGGAUUUACACAAAGUACACAAAGUAACCAGUUUACCCAGUUUACCCAGUUUACCCAGUUUACACAGUUUAACCAGUUUACACAGUUUAACCAGUUU